UGUCUACUUUCUUGUUAUCAAUAUUACCCUUCUUAAUCACUUUAAGAUUAUGGCGAAAUGUUUUUUCACUCUCUUCUUGGUUCUUGCCCUAGCCUCGGCUUUUGCUUCUGGAGCAAGAAACGUCCCAGGAGGACUCUCUGACCAGAAGAACUACCUCGGAUACGGUGGCGGGUACUCCGGCAUCGGAGACAACGGUAUACCUUUCGGUGGCGUCGGUGGAGGUGUGUCUGGUCCCGGUGGUAACCUUGGUUUUGGUGGGCUUGGUGGAGGCUUAGGCGGUGGCUUAGGAAAUGGGAUAGGCGCGGGUGGUUUAGGAAACGGGAUAGGCGGUGGACUAGGUGGUGGAGUUGGUUCCGGAGUCGGUGGAGGAAGUACCGGAGGAGUUCAUUUCCCUUGAGUAGUUGAGUUUGUUACUUUUGGUUUAAGGAUUCGUAACGGUCCUUGAGCUAGGUCUAGCUUAAGAUGAUGUCAGAGCAACAAUAAUAAUCAUGUCUCUUUUUUCUGUUUUGGAAUUUUCAUUAGCUGUUUGACGUGCGUCUUAAGUUACUAUGGUGUGAUGGUGUCGACACUUAAAUCAAACUCGUGUCUUUGUCGUGUCAGCUUGGUCCAAUUUCAAAUUCAAUUUAAUAUCGAGUGUUUCACUUAAUGAGUUAUAUAAUGUCAACAUCU